AGUUACAACUUCCAAACGGACAAAAUAGUGCAACCCUAUGUUAUAUAUGCAUGAUUGAUGAUUGUUUGCGGCUCAACCCCUUGGCCAUGUGGUUAAAAAAAAAUUGAAACUGAUCAUUCUGCACUUCUGUCAUCCAUCGUUAUCGCUUCAUAUGAUUGAUCACAAAAAAAAAAAAAAAGAUUAAUCGUGAUGCAAACUCCACUAAUAAACCAAACAAGAUCAUAGAAAAAAUAUAUAUAUAUAUAUAUAUAAUUUAUAUAGUUACGACAGAAACAAUCCCAUGAAUCAUGAUCAUCCGAUGAGAUUAACCUAGCUAUAGUAAUCAACAAAACCCCAAACCACAAACGUACAUGGCGGUCUGAGUCUAAGCCUAGUGACGAAUCUUCGCCGUAUUAUUGUGACUGCCGGCCGACGAAUUUUGCAUGGGUUAUAAUUUAAUCGCCGACGGGGAAACCAAAGGCCCAAAACCAGUAUUUGAUUGGGCGGCGAUUCGCCAGCUAGAGGCUGCCGGCCGUCCUCUUUCUUCGCCCGCUUCUCCUAUAUGUUGUUUGUCUUCAUCCUUUUGUUGUUCUGCAUAGUUUUUAAGUUCGAUUUAUUUUGAAAUAAAAAAAAAUUAAGUUGGACAAAAGAAUUGCAACUUUGAACUAAAAAUGUGCCACGUGCCUGGCCAUCAUACACAAGUUAGAUACAAGGUGGGCGACUAACAGAGUUUUUGCAGAUUAUGUAUAUAUAUUUUAUCUAGAAGAAAUUAUCGUUAUUUUUCUUAAAAUAUUCAAUCUUUAUUAUACGUCUGUAACAUUUUCAUCAAAUUGGGUUCUUUCUAACUAUUUUUCGUCCACACAUUUGGUAUAAAAAGAAAAUCGUCCACAUCAGUUGGGCCUCACAGUAAUGAGCCCAAAUGACAUGAGCGUUGUAGUGACAGUGAGUAAGGACUACUAAAUGACGCCAAAUCAGAAGAGUUAAGUAAGUGGGCUCCGUUGACAUAUUCACAUUCCAACUCAAUUAGCAAUCCUCUGUCUCAAUCCGAACGCAAGGGUUCGGUGGGCUUAUAUCACAGAUUAGCCCAAUUAAAUAUAUUGAGGGCCUAUACAACUUUCAGGCCUGGACUGGAAGCACUGUUACCUUUCCCUCUCGGAUCCCGAGUCCGACCCUACCAGGCUACCAAUACCAAAGAGAAAGAAAGGAAGUAAAGGACUAAUAUAAGGACUUUGCAAAGUCCCAACUCUGGCGGAAAGCGAAAACGGAUUUUGGAUGGAAAAUCCUCUAUGGAGACGAUGAGAGAUAAGAAUACAGAGAAGCUACCUGCAAGGAGAAACCAGAGAGCACAAAAUGGCGGUACUUCUGGAGUCAACAGUUAUUGGUUUUGGUGUGCUCUUCAAUCUUCAUCCCUCUGCCAUUCAUCUAAUCUUUUCCUCCCGUAAGAAUGAAGCAACUAAGCAUAUGCAGCGAGCUAGCCGCCGCCAGCGAAAGACGGAACCAAACCGCAAAACAAAUAUGCUUGCGUUCUUCAACUUCCGGAAGUCUUACCCAAUAUCUGAGGGCGCCGGCUACGAGUUCUGGUCGAUGAAAGACGGUGGUGACUAGAUCCGGCCGGACAAAGACCACGCUUCUAAACUCAACGAGGGACGGCGACUCUGAUCUAACGAUGCUUUGAGGUAUGAAAGAAACACAGAUUUAAUCCCCUUUCUCACCAGCGGAGACGGUCACCCACCAACUAUUCCUUCCUCUCUUGCUAGAGCUGUGGGCAACCUUCAGUUUCCCUAUUCUCCUGAAUCUGAUUUUUGCAUACAUGUUUCCGAACACUGAUUUGAUUUUCUUUCUCUAACUUGAUUGAGAUGUAUUAUUAUGUUGCUAUCUAUAUGAUCAGAUCGCAGAUCUAUGAAUUUGAGAGUUCGACUAGUCGAACAUGUUAUUCCCUUGAAUUUGAUAUUUGCAGAGCAGGGCAAAAUAGUAUAAGGGAAAGGUUUCGGUACAAGGAUUCCUAUAUCUGUCUUUUGGAUCUGGAGCCUGGAUUAUUGGCAGCAUCGGAUCGGGUUACAACUCUCUAAUAUGAAUGCCGAAAGGCUUGGAUUUGGUUUCCUUUCUAUUGGAACCUUUGGCAUGCCUAUGGCCGCCUAAAUGAGAAUAAUUCUCAAUCAUCCCUUCGAAUCUGUUUCACUUCUUGUUGUUUCUAGCCUAUUUGGCAUGUGAAGAAGCGCAACUGUGCACUAAUUUUUUGUAUCUCCGGCAAGAGCAAUAUCGCGACCUUUGCUUGAUUACUUCGUCUCGGGCGCCUGCAGAUCAAUGAUGUUGAAGAUCAAUGGCGCCUGAGACAUAUUCAGUGACAGAUAAAAGAUAGCAUUUUACUUUCCCUUAACAUGUGUUGGGGGAAUUAUUAGAGGAAUAGAUUAGAGCUUUCAAUUCCCUCGUGACUGUCUGCUACACUCUGUAGUCUGCACCCUUUGUCUAGCCCAUUGAAUUUUCACAUCACUGGUCUGGCCCCCAAGUCUUCCACUUUGGAAAGUUUACUAUUGUUUAUUGAAGGUAUAGAUUAGCCUUCAAUUCCCUCGUGAGUUCCUGCUACUCUAUGCUCCUACGAAUUACAAUCAAUCUCCUUAAAAUUACCAGUGCAUCCCAUUCCAUUUCCCUCUUUGAAUUCCAUUAGAGCAAUAAUUAUUUUCCUCGACCCUACACAGGCCUGGCUAUUAAAUGUAGUUUUCCAUUCAAUUUAAUUCCCUCCUUAUCAUGUCCGGAUAAGCCAGCUAUGGGUAUGGAGGCAUGCUUCCCUGUAAUAUAUAUAUAUAUAGUUACUAGCUUUUUACCCGGCCCGUUGGCCGGAGAGAUUUAUUUUAUAAUUUAUAUGUUUAAAUCGUUUUGGAUCUUCUAAAUAUUUUGUAACAGAGUUUGUAGUAUAUCUAUAUUGAAAUUUCCAAUAUUAAGCACACUCACUUGUGAUGCUUCGGUUUUCGAAUCAUAAAUUAUGUCGCUGUCACGUCCCAUUUAGAACUUAUGUCAAAAUUUGUCAACCAAAACACUAAUAUUUAGCGUACACCAACCUAAACCACACACACAUAUAUUCGUUCAAGCUAGCGUGCGCCGGGAGUACGUUAUACUCUUGCGUUCAUACUACCAUACGACCAUUGAGUUUUACUAUUUAGACCCGAAUUAACCGGAUUUUUUUGGGGCAUUAUACUAUAUCCUAGCCUCUAAUAGGUAAACUCUAGUCCCUAAUUCUGUAACCUCUAAUUUAUGCACAUACUUCGUAAUACCUAUCUUCUAUCGUAUCUUGAGUUAAAUAAAAAGUAUAGUAUACC